AUGCUAAGCUACAAGGAGUUUUUGAACGCUGCGGUGCUUCUCACCUUGGUCGGGAUGCCCAGUGCAGCAGCCUCAACAUCGGACCCUGCGUCGGCUAAGUACUCGGUGUCUGCUUACGCUGUUGGCGACUGGGGUCAAACUUUGGACAUGAGCUCUUGCUGUGGAGGGACGUUCAACAACUACGACCGUCACGCCCAAGCCAUUGUCGCCCAAGGCUGUCCUUGGACACGGUGA